GACGUGGCUGUGAACUUCACCCUGGAGGAGUGGGCUUUACUGGAUCUUUCGCAGAAGAAGCUUUACAGAGAUGUGAUGCGGGAAACCUUGAGGAACCUGGCCUCAGUAGGGAGGAAAUCGGAAGAUCAUGAUAUUGAAGAUCAGUACAAAAACCAGGGGAGAAAGCUAAGUCAUGUGGCAGAGAGACUCUGUGAAAGUAAAGAGGGCGGUCAGUGUGGAGAAAACUUCAGCCUUAUUCCAAACGUCAGUCUGGAGAAGAAAACUACCAGAGUGAAACCACGUGAAUGCUGCACACGUGGCAAAGUCUUUCCCUGUCAUUCAUCCCUUACCAGACACAUGAGAUGUCACCCUGAGCAUAAACCAUGUGAGUAUGAGGACUGUGGAGAGAAGCCAUACAAAUGUAAGGACUGUGGCAAAGCUUUUAGGUGUCGCCAGUAUUGUGAGGCACACGAGAAAAAUCACAAUAGAGAGAAAAAAUAUAAACGUAAGGCAUGUGGGAAAGCGUUCCACUGUCGCGCAUCCUUUCGGGCACACGAGAGGAUCCACACGGGAGAGAAGCCCUGUGAGUGUGAGGAAUGUGGGGACACCUUCAGGUGGAGCACAGCCUUUCGAAGGCACAUGAGAACGCACGCGGGAUGAGCCCCGUGUACGUGUCAGGAGUGCGGGAAAGCCUUUCGCUGCUCCUCUUCACUGCGAACACACACAGCCACUCACAGUGGAGAGAAACCCUAUCAGUGUAAACGGUGUGGGAGAUCCCUUAGGGAUUAUCACACUUUUCAAAGACACGGAAGGACUCACACAGGGGAGAAACCCUAUAAAUGCAAGCAGUGCGGCAAAGCCUUCUGUUGUCCCAGUUCUUUUCAAAAACAUGGAAGAAUUCACACUGGGGAAAAGCCUUAUGAAUGUAAGGAGUGUGGGAAAGCCUUUAGAGGGAUCUCAAACCUCUGAGCGCACACGAUCACCCACACUGGAGAUGGACCUUAUAAAUGUAAGGAAUGUGCGAGAGCCUCCAUCUCUCCUAGCUCCUUUCGGAUACAUCAGAGGAUUCACACCGGAGAGAAACCCUACAAAUGUACACAGUGCGGUAAAGCCUUCAGUUAUUACAAUUCCUUACAGCCACACAGGAGAACUCACACUGGAGAGAAACCCUUUGAGUGCAAGGAAUGUGGGAAGGCCCUCUCCCAUCACCAAACCUUAAAAUUUCACAUGAGACUGCACACCGGCGUGAAGCCCUAUGAGUGUACACAGUGUGGUAAAGCCUUCAGAUACUACCCUUUCUUUUACAAACACAAAAGGACUCACACUGGAGGGAAACCCUAUAAAUGUACACAGUGCGGUAAAGCCCUCAGUUAUUACAGCUCCUUACCGUCCCACGGAAGAACUCACACCGGAGAGAAACCCUAUGAAUGCAAGGAGUGUGGGAAGGCCCUGUCCCAUCACCAGACUUUAAAAGUUCACAUGAGACUGCACACCGGCGAGAAGCCCUGUGAGUGUGAUCGGUGUGGUUGGGCCUUCAGGUAUUACACUUCCUUCCAAAAACACAGGAGAGUUCAUACUGAGAAGGAAUUCUGUGAAUAAAGUAUAUGGAAAAGCCUUUAACAGUAAAUCAACUUCGCUUUGAAAACAUGAAGGAAGCCACACUGGAGAGAAAGCCUGUCCGUGUAAACAGUGUAGGAAAGUCCUUGGAUGUGCUCUAAGUUUGCAAACACGUGAAAGGACUCACAUAGAAGAGAAACCUUACAGAUGGCAGCAACGCAGUAAAUCCCGCCCAGACUGGCACUUCCUUAGAAACACAGCAAAGAACUCGUGCUGAAGAGAAAGCCUGUGACUGUAAGGGAUGUGGAAAAGCCUUCAGGUGUUACCAGAGUUUUUUCUGAAGACAUGAAAAAAACCACAGUGGAAGGAAUGUGGGAAAGCUUUCACUUGUCACACGACCAUUUGAAGACACGUGGGUCCGCCCACAGCAGAGACACCAUGUGAAUGUAAAGAAUGUCAGAAAACCUUCAGUCAUCCCAGUUCCAGACAGAUGAAAGGACUCACUGAAUAAAACCUCCUGGGUUAAGCAGCCCGGGGAAGACUUCAAUGGGCCCACAUCUUUACAUGUGAAAACUCCCACUGGGAAAAAGUUGUAAAUGUAAGUAACAAGAGACAGCUUGAUGGAAAUUAAUCUAUGUUUAGUGUUCCAGAAAACUUCCAGCAGGAAAGAGUCGUUAUGAACGUUGUAAAUAUGUUGUGUUUAGCGAGCCUCUUUCUGAAAGUGCAUCACUGGACUGUGGAUUUCUAGUAAUUACUCUCAGAAAUGAAUACUGAGGUGAGCUUAUUCACACACUUUUGAUUGGGAAACAAAUAGCUCUAGUACUUUUCACACUAACAGCCAGUUCAUUCAUGUCUCCCUCCCCACAUCCCUUUGCUAUAAAUAGCUUUGGCAGCCUCCUGUUAAUUAUCCUGGAGUUUUUCAACUACCCACGGUGGAUUUAAGCCCGUGCUGCACACAAUUAGAGAAGCCACAAUUAGCAACUGACAGCCUUUUUGUAAAUGGAGUUGAUCCUCCAAAGUCAGCUUUUCAUUUGUCCUUGGAUCAUGAAUGCAGGACCCGUCAGGCUUCCUAACCAGAAGCCUCUUCACUGAGCAUAAAUCGGUACUUACAGAACAGAGCCAAGAAUGGCUCCUCCAGCAUGGCCCACCUGAGGAGGAUGUGUUCUCCCCUGUUCGCUGACUGAUGCAUCCCGUUCUGCAAGAGGUCAUCUUUCUAGACAUAUUGGCCACUUUGGGAAUCACUCAGAAUCAGCACAUGAGUUACCAGGAAGUUCACAUUUUUACGGACAUUGUGCUGCAACUGAAUCUGAUGGAGUCCAUGGCAGAGAUGCUGUGUUCUGUCUUUAUUUUUGUUUGUUUGUUCUGGGGCUUUUUUUCUUACCACUUUAGUUAUUUGAGGUGGGUAAGUUAGGUUUAUUUAUUUCUUACUAUUGUUGUUGUUGCUGUUAUUUAAUGGAAGUACAGGGGACUGAACCCAAGCAUGCACUCUGCCACUGAGCUAUACCCUCCCCCAACCGUGUUCUGUCUUUAGAUCAAACAGGCAGCUCUGAUCAAAAACUGGAUCCAAGCAUCCGAUGGAUUAGUCAAAUUCCAGGCCAUUGUGCUAGCACUAGAGAACUCCCUGGCCAGGAAUCAGACUCAUCUGCACACUGUUACAGAUCUUUGGCCAUUGACAAUGACCUAGUGUCUCAGUUCAUCCAAUAGCAACAACUUACCCAAGGUCACCCUUUUUAGCAAAAAGAACUCUGGGAAUAUCUUGCCUCAAAUACUCAAGUACAAAUCAAGGUCACUCGUUACUGUAGACAUAUUACCUCAAUCUGCAGAGGCUCAUUUCAUUGUUCAGUGUGGUCAGUUGACUGGAAUGUAUCUAUACCUGAGAUCUGACGGUUUAAAGCUUGGCCCUGUGAGCUCACGUAAUAUAUAACUAUUUAGAGGUUUCUAGCGUAAAGUUUAGGCAAAAUUCAGGGAACUUCCCUCCUCUUCCAUAACUAAUUUAUGACUGACCAAUGCACCUGAUGUAUGAAAAGUCACCACUGCUAAUAUACUAUGUGCCUACUGUCCAGGCUGAGGAAGUGGUCCCUACAGCUGGCAGCAAAUAGACGUUAUAGGGCCCCUCACCCCCUCUGCUGGACUACAUGCUAUGAGGGGACCAUUUAAGUUACUCAUAUAGACAAAUUACUCAUUCCGUUAUAAAUAACCCUGCUGAAGUCAAAAUGCAAGGACUCACCAAAACACUCUAGAAAAUAUUGACACCAUCAACUCAUUUUUCAAAGUACAAAGCACUGGGCUCUUAAAAAAGGUAUCCAGUGGGGCUUUGUACCUCUCUUCCGACCCCCAGCUACCCCCUCGGAGGAUGGCCUGAUGGCUUACCUAGACAAACCUUGCUCUCUUCUAAAUAGGUCUUUCUGCUCUUUGAGGCUUUAGUUAGAUUCAAUCCCCAGUCUCUCAGGCCAGUUACUUCGUCCAGAUCAUUAAGUCUUACUGGCACCUUAUAAGUUAGGUAGAGGCCAUUCUAUACUAGACACUUCUGUCAGAAUGGUCACUGCUGCUGGUCUCUGGUGUACUGUAGUAGUACUCUCAGAUCUCGCUCCCCACAUUACCUUUAUCUGUGUGCCCUGCAUGUCAGCAUUUCAUUUUGGGCGCCCUCCUUCAAAACGCCAGCCUGUCCAACACAAGUGUGCUGUUUUCUCUCCAUUUGCACUCAACCUGCUUGCUGUCACAGGAGUCACUGGUACGGACCUGUGCACACAUGAUGUCAAACACAUUAUUAAUGCCAGUCAUGAAAUGUCCAAAAUACAUGUAGCAGAGAGCUAAUGUUUGAGGUGUUUUCCAUGAAGGACAGCCCUCUGGCAGCCAUGUAGCUGAUGACCACUUAGCUUUGGAGUAUUUAUUAGCCAGAGAGAAUUCUGUUCUCCUAAAAGGUCUGUUUGCACCAUGUGAGUAGGCUACACUGGCAAGGUGCCACCUUCAGCACAAGAAGUGAGAUAACAAAUUAGACAAUAACAUCAUGAAAAUAUUUGAACAUAGUUCCAGAAUCAUACUUAGACACGUUCCUGGAUCUCUCCAUUCCCCCAGGAUGGACUGGAUUCAAACGUGUUUUGGAAGCUUCAUCAUCCUAAUUAUAAUACAUACUUGUGCUUUACAUGUGGCUUUUUAACUAAUAUUCAGAUUCAAAGCCAUUCAAAUGAGAUGUAUCAUUCAGUCAACAAAUCUAAGAGUGAACUUUAAGACAUUGACCUCAUUUUCAAUAUUUGACCCUUAAUAGGCUUCAGAUGCCUUCUCACCCUGCCUGGCCCACAAUGGGUAAAGUUAAGAUGGGUUAUUUUAGUUAUUUUUGUGUCAGUGGGUAGGAGGGUCAAACCUUGAAGACCUGCAGCCUCUACCCCUACACACCUCAAAGGGCCAAGCUAUUAACCUCUGCACAAGCCACUUCAACCCACUAACCCUUGCCCUACGCUCCUUAGUAAGUACCUUUGAGUAACAAACAUGUUUCUAUUACCUUGAUGCUUGUGGUGACAUUUUCAGUAGGAUAUUAAUCCUGCCCCCAUUUUAUCCAUUGAUAAAAUGGGAGGUAACCCAUGGAAAAUGUCUUUAUUGAUGCAGAGGUGACAGGGUAGAGAAUUUUGAGACUAUGAGGAUAAGACAUCCAAAUGCAGACAUUUGUCUCAGUGUGAUCAUGUUUUUGGAUGCAGUGGUCACAAAAGGAAACUUUGAGACCGCCUACAUGGUCACCAGGAGGACAAUCAAUAUGUGAAAAUGCUAUCGUCUCACAGGGGAAAAUUACAGAGCAACACAAGUGAAUGGAUGGUUUCUGUUCUAAUAAGUAAAGACCCUGGAGUCAACAUUCCCAUCUUCAAAACAAGAAAAAGAUGCUGAAGAAACUGAAAAUCAACACCUCUUCAUAUAUCCAUGAGAUUUGCGGUUAUAUGGCAAACCUGUGCUCCAAAAAUAAGAGAUUGGUGGACAUAGAGAAUUACUGUUUACUGAGAAGACACUGGAGCAGCAUCCUCUUGGGACACAUAAAAGAUGAAUUGCUGGAAACAGUAUGAACUAGCUUGAGCUCUAACUGGAGGCAGUUAAGGACCACCCUCCCGCUGCAAAAUUUGUGAAUUUUUCUCGCAGGAGUCCAACCGGGUUCUCCCGGGAAGAUUGGCAAACCGCCUCACACAGGAAUUGGGGGGAAGCAUUUUGAAAUACAACAAAGCAUUCUGUUCUCUGUAACUUAGGCCAUUCCCUCACAGGAAACUGAUUUGCCACAGCCUUAUCUGACUGGGGAAGGAGCAGACAGCUCCCUGACCCUUGGGGUUUCUUCCCUGACCAAAGCGCUGUAAGAAUAAACACUAAGAAUCUGUUCUGAAGUUCAUAGUCCGGGGAUUCUAUACCACCAAAACAUUACAGGUUUAAUCCUGACAUAAAAGAACAUUAUCCCAUCUACAUACCUUCCCACCAUAUCAACAAGGCUCCAAUAGAAAAACAGUGGGUUAAAACAGACUCUACUUACAAGUGAGUUUCCAAGGAUACCCAAACGCAGCAGGGGAGAAAAACACAAGGACCCUGGAGGACAGUAAAGGCCCUGACACCUAUGGCGACAGCAAACAUGAAACAUGAUCUAACUUCUAGUCAAGAAAACAUGAAAUGUCACACUGAAGGCCUAUUUACCUCAAAUCUUAUUGUGAAAAUUCAGAAAUAUGUGGAAAUGAAAUAACAUUUGCUCCCUGGUUUCACUUCUUUGUUAAAAUUGUCUCGGUUUUGUUUUUCCAUAAACCACGUGCAUUUGGGGUAUUUUCCAUAGUUUCAAGUUACCGGAUCAGGUAUCAUCCAAACCUUGGGAACUUCAACCAGAAAACAGGUAAGUAUCGGAUUUGAGAACAUUGAGGAUAGACAUUUUAUACGUACAUCUGCAUUUGAAGAGAGAAAUGUAUUUAUGCUUCAAACACAAACGCAGAUAAACUGCAAAAAUAAAAGCCUGGGACAAAAUUCAAAAUUGUAAGAAUAAUUAAACUUAUUUCUCAUACUGUAAAAAUUAACAACAGCAAUGUGCAGUUUUUCAUCAAAACCUUAUGUGGAUGUUUCUUAGAAAUAUUCUGUUAGCUGCAUUUUCAAAUGACUGGUGUUCUGAAAAAUAGUAUCAUCUUUAUUUUUCACUUACUGGGAACAUUUAUUAAAAUAUCCCUUUACAAUUGUGGAUUUUAACGUCCACUCUGAUUUUCUUCACUUAAUCGUUAUACAUUCUGAGUCAAUAUUAGCAUGUAAUGUGAGUUUGGGGAAUUAAUUCUCAGGCAAAUUUAAUUUUGUUCUUUUAUAAUUUCAAUUUUUGUGACUAACCUAACUUCUCAUUCACUCAUAAUGCCACACACACGUUUCUGUCAGUACUCUCUUGCCAGAGAACACCAGGACGCACCUGUAGUCAUAGAGAAGUGGUCUGUUUACUGGUUAAUAAUCAUGCCCACAAGUGAUAAAUGACUGUGGGUGUAUAAGUAAGAGGGUGCACAAAAGGACUCCUUAGAGAAUUUGGGCUGAUGGGAGGUGAUUUGAUAUUUGAUGAAGCAAGACGUUGCUUCUCUGUUGGUUGCUUUGAGGGGGUAAAUGUAAUUCUGUGAUUCGUGAUUGUAAUCAUUUGGAAUUUGGUUAACUUUGUUGUUUGGACUGUGGUCUAUUUUACCAUUUUUAGAGGCAUGAUCUUGUUUUUUUUCUUUGUUUCCUUGAUCUUGUUUUUUUUCUUUGUUAAUUGCAAUAUAGUCAGUUUGCAGUGUGUUAGUUUCCAGUGUACAGCAUAGUGAUUCAGUUACCUACAUAGCCUUGAUCUUGUUAUGAUCCAUCACAGUCACCAAACAGCAUUGCCUGAUGGUGGAGGUCUGUGACAUUCUCCCCUUUGAUAGAAUGUCUUGGUUUACCGCUGAGUGGGCCAGUGCUCACUCAGCGGUAAACCAAGUGCUGUCUUUUGUUCAUCACUUAUUACCUAAACAUUUAAAUGUUUCCUUCUGUGUAGUUGACAUUCUUAAAGUGUUUCCAUACGGUAGCUUAGUUAUAAUAUACAAGUGCAUUCACUCCUUAGUAGGCUCUGUAAUACUUUCAUUAUCUAUUUUGUGGAAAUAAAUUUCUAGGCCUGACUUGGAGCUGCUCCCGCCUGGGGUGCCAUAUCAAUAAACCAAAACUUAGAUAACUUUCCUCUUCCUAUAAAUGCUCUGCUUGACCAGAAAUACAUUGUAUCCAGCCAGCCGAUCUCUAACUGCCAAGAAUCAGUAAUGACUUCUUUGUUCCGUGUAAGGUCAGGUGUGCAACCCCAGCUGGUGAACUGAAGCCACAUCCUCGUCCCUUAUUCCCCGAAUGCCUUCCUCGACAAAAGCUCACAGCCUUGCUCCUUGGUCUGCCCUUCUCUGGACUCUUAAGAGUGGAAACUGACUAUUUCAUGAGGUUUGAAAUAAACUUGCGUAGAUCA